AUGGAGCCUGGAGCAGCCAGCGAGGGCUUCAGCUGGGGCGGCAGAGAGGCGCUGCUGGGGGGUGCCACCACAGUUCGGUUUGACUCGUGGGCUUGCCGCAGAGGCGGAGGCAGCGAAGGCGCAGGGCCGGGAAAGCCGUGUCGGGAGGUGCGGAGAAGUUUGUUUGUGUUUCCGCUGGAUGCCGGCCCGGGCCCGGGCCCGUUCCAGGGCUGUUCCUCAGCUGCGGCUUUGCCCUCGCACAGCCCGGGGGGCCCUGAGAGCGCGGGGCGAGGCGGUGCCGUGUGCAGAGCCCGCCCCUCGCUGCGAUUGGCCGGCUGUGCCGUCAGUCGUGGUUGUGGCGCGCUGAUUGGUGAAAGAGGGGCGAAGCACGGCCCCGCUGGCGGCCUGAGGGCGGCCCUGGCUGGGCAGCGGCGCCAUUGGCGGAGCGUCUGUGCGGGCCCGGGAGCGGCGGCAGCGGCCGGAGGCCGGGGAGGCGGCAUUGGCGGAGCUGGGAGGCGGCCCCGGCGCAGGAAUUUCAUUCCCAGGGUGUGGCUGGAUGGAGGAGGAGGAAAAGCCCCAGAGAUCCUGCAGGAAGAGGGGCUGCAAACCCAGCCCAGGGAGUUGCGGGGAGGAAAGAGCCCCCCUGAGCCAGGAAGGCUGCUGGAGAUCCAGCCGGAGCUUGGAGCUGGUGGAGAAGGCUCAUGGCAGGGAGAAGCCCCACAAGUGCUUGGAAUGUGGACAGGUUUUCAGCUGGAGCUCAGAUCUGAUCAGGUGAUCCACACUGGGGAACGGCCCUACAAGUGUGGGGAGUGUGGGAAGAGCUUCAGAGACAGCUCUGAACUGAUCCGGCACCAGGUGAUCCACACUGGGGAACAGCCCUACACCUGCUUGGAAUGUGGGAAGAGCUUUGGGUGGAGCUCAGACCUGAGAAAACACCAGCGCAUCCACACGGGGGAGAGGCCCUAUGAGUGUCCCCAGUGUGGGAAUAGGUUUCAGACCAGCUCCACUCUCCUUGUACAUCAACGGAUUCACACAGAGGAGAGGCCCUUCCGCUGCCCUGACUGCGGGAAGGGCUUCAAGCAAAACUCCCACCUCACCAGGCACUGGCGCAUCCACACUGGGGAGAGGCCCUAUGAGUGUGGGGAGUGUGGGAAGAGCUUCUCACAGAGCUCAAACUUGACCCAACACCAACGGAGGCACCACUAAGGGAAGCCCUGUGAGUGCCCCGAGUGAGGGAAGAGAGUGAGGGAAGAGCUUAGUGCGCUGCUCCGGCUCUAUCCCCCAUGGGAGGCUCCGGGCUGGAUGAUCCCCAGUGACCCCCGUUGGGCAAAGCCCUGCUGAUCCGUGGUCCUGGUGAUUCCCAUUGGGUGGGGGGAAGGUGUUGGCUUCUUCUCCUUGUGCUGCUGUGAUUCUGGGGGGUUCCCAUGGAUGGGGGAGGAGAGGUGAGUCAGGGGUCCUGGUACACUGGCGA